AUGUGUCAAUGUGUCGAUGUGGAAAUUCGUAGUGACAAGUGUGCAAAUACAUUUGUGUAUGGUAUUAGAGGGCACAGCGGCCGCCAGAUGGCUUUAAAGAGGCACUUCAAUAUGUCAACAAUCGGACUUUUACUGUUGGGCGUGGUGGUGGCGGUGGGCGGGGCCAACGUGUUCCCCGAGCCACGCCUGGAGACGCUGCCCUGCGGAACGACCACCAUGAACCCCGGCGAGCGAGUGGCCAUCCAGUCGCCCAACUUCCCCCAAAACUACGACACGGACUACAGAUGCCAGUAUGAGAUCACCUGCAACCCCAUGGAGUCUACCUACCUGGAGUUCAUCUGUCCUACCUUCGAACUGGAAUCCUCCACCGACUGCCUCAAUGACCGCCUGGUGGUGACUUACCAUGGCUCUCGCGAAGAGAAAUGCGGCACUGACAGUCCCGACGGAACCAUCACCUCCGACGGGUGGACGCGCCUCACCUUCGCCAGCAACGCCGCCACCACCGCCCCUGGCUACCGCUGCUACAUCUGGUGCCGCGAACAGACCACCACGACCUCCACCACCACUUCAACGACAACCACAUCUACCACUACAACACCUACCACCACUACCACCCCUACUACCACUACUACAACUACCACACCUACCACCACCACUACCCCUACAACUACCACACCUACCACCACCACUACCCCUACAACUACCACACCUUCCACCACCACUACCCCUACAACUACCACCACACCUACCACCACCACCACACCCACUACAACCACACCCACAACCACUCCAUAUCACUACUAUAUUACCAACGCCUACCACCACUACUACAACUACAAUGUUUACUGCCACGAAUUUUACGACUACCACAACCUACAACUACUACCACACCCACUACCACCACACCUACCGCCACUACUACAGUCACAAGACUCUCUGAUGUCAGCAACCGGACUUUUACUGUUGGGCGUGGUGGUGGCGGUGGGCGGGGCCAACGUGUUCCCCGAGCCACGCCUGGAGACGCUGCCCUGCGGAACGACCACCAUGAACCCCGGCGAGCGAGUGGCCAUCCAGUCGCCCAACUUCCCUCAGAACUACGACACGGAUUACAGGUGUCAGUACGAGAUCACCUGCAACCCCAUGGAGUCUACCUACCUGGAGUUCAUCUGUCCUACCUUCGAACUGGAAUCCUCCACCGACUGCCUCAAUGACCGCCUGGUGGUGACUUACCAUGGCUCUCGCGAAGAGAAAUGCGGCACCGACAGUCCCGACGGAACCAUCACCUCCGACGGGUGGACGCGCCUCACCUUCGCCAGCAACGCCGCCACCACCGCCCCUGGCUACCGCUGCUACAUCUGGUGCCGCGAACAGACCACCACGACCUCCACCACCACUUCAACGACAACCACAUCUACCACUACAACACCUACCACCACUACCACCCCUACUACCACUACCACAACUACAACACCUACCACCACUACUACCCCUACAACUACCACCACACCUACCACCACACCCACCACCACCACUAACCAUUACUACCCAUACUACCUCUACUAUAACUACACUACUUCCCCUACUAUAACUACAACGCCUACCACUACUACCAAUACAGUGUUUAAUACCACUACUUUUACAACUACCACGACUGCACCUACAACUACUACCACACACACAACCACUCCAAUCUUCUAG